UAAUUGAUAAUUGUCUUGAACUCUGAAUUCCGAACGCCCGAGAGGUGGGCUAUAAUUAGAACUUGGAAAGAAUAUUUGGAUUAGCCGACUCAAGCUAACUGCUGCAGCUGAACUGUUUUCGGGAAUCAUCGUUAUCAGAUUUUUGUAACUUUUAAAGGUCAACAGGUCCAUUGAUUAUAAACGCCGAGUAAUAAAAAGUCGAUAGCAAAACCCGAUUCGUUUGCUGCCGCGUCCAAACAUUGCCUGUAUCUAUUUGCGAAUCGUUUUUAUUGCUUACGGCCUGCGGGUUUGUCCGAACCGAAAUAGAGCCGAAUCCACCAUCAUAGAUCACCGGUCCCCGUGAUCUACAUAGUCAGAGUUCUGUCAAGUGCUAAUGCUAUUACACGUCGUCGAUUCUGCAAAAAUGGAUAACUAUAAGUGUUCACUGUCUGUUGUCGACGUCUAUGAUAUGGCACAGGACAUCGGUCGAGAGUUCGAGGCAAUUAUAGACGCGUAUGGCACUGAUGCUAUAACUGGACUGAUGCCCAAGGUGGUAUCCGCCCUAGAGCAGAUGGAAUUAUUGGCUAUGAAGAACGAACGAGAAAACACUACUGUGGACGACUUGCGAUCAACGAUACAACAAUUGGAAAUGGAUAAACAGGAACGGACCGAGGACAGGAUGAAAUAUGAGAAGGAGAUGGAACAAAUUGAAGAUAAGUGGCGCGAAGACUAUAACGAAUUGUUGACUACUGUUUCCAGACUUCAAGAUGAUAAUCGUAAAUUGACUGAGUCUUUGCAAGCUGCCGAAAAGGAUAAGAUUGUUGAUUCAAAAUCACAAGUUUUAAGUCCAGAUGUUGAUACUGUUGCUCUUCAACGUCUACGCCAUACUGUUGAUCAAAUGCGUGAUAGUAUUAGAAGCUAUGAACAUCAAUUAAAUUCAAAGAGUAAUGAAGUAGAUUCUUUGACCGUUCAAAUGGAUAGGCUACAAACUACUUUGAAAGACUUACGACGCAAGCAUCGUUUUGCACAGCUACAAUGUCGUAGUUUAGUUGAAGAAAGGGCAGAUAUUCUUUCUCAACUUGUAAAGCAACAAAAAGAAUUUAUAUCACUUAGACAAAGGUUUGGUAUUGCUCAAAAAGAAAAUGAAGACCUUUCAAAAUAUAGAGAUGAUUUGCCUGAUUUGAAAAAUAAAGCCAUUUAUGAUUUAGACGAUCCAGAUAGACCAAAGUUUACAACCAAUGAACUGAAAGAUAUUUUGACUGAACGUAAUGAACUAAAAUCUCGUGUUAAUGAUCUUGAAGAUGAACUUUCACAGUUUAAGCCUGUUGAACAGUUGACAAUAUCCCAGGAAAGAGAUGAAAUCCAAGAAACGCGGGUACGAAGAAUUUUGUUACGAAACUGUACCACCAGAACUGACGGUCACCGAAAAAAUCUUGACACCACUCCGGUCAAUAAGGAAGGCUCGCAAGUGUCAAUCAUCACCCCAGAAAGUUCACCAGAUGUAAUAUCCCCUACCAGGUCCGAUGAUGAACAGGAAGAAGGCCCUGUUCAAGGACCAUUACCUUUAGAACCUGAUGAUGCACCAUGGAAACGAAACCCAGAAUCUGGCAUUCGUAAACUUUUUCGUAAGAUGUUUGCUGAAACUAACAACUCUUUAUUUUCUAAGACUAGUCCUAAACAUCCUAAGUUAUCAUUAUCCAAAAUGGCUGUAUCCAUUGGUCAUUCGUCUAUUAUGGGACCACCUGAAGUGUGAUAAAUAAAACAUUGAUCUCAAUUUUAAUUAUUGUUUAUUAAUGUUUACAAGUAUUAUUAAGGCAUAUGCAUAGCUAAAUUAUAAGGGAUCAGUUAACAUAAGUAACUACAAAUCAAAUUAAAUUAGUUUUUAAAUUUUUUUUUUUUUUUUUGCAUAUAUAUUUUACAAUACUUUUAUCGUGAUUAUUUAUUAUUAAUUCUUAAAUGGCUUGGGCAUAGCUCAUACAAAUUGAAUUUUUUUAUUAUUUAUUUAUCAUAAUUGAAUGCUUAUUUAUAAAUACAAACAAAUAUCUACCUUUUCCAUGUUAGAUUUUUAAUCAUAGUUUUUAUGUUAGUUCUAAUUAUUUUGAGAAAAAGCCAUGUAAAAGUAUUAUAAAUUAAUUAAAUAAGUCCUAUUCUAAUUUAAACGACGUUAUGUAUGUGAUUAUUACAUUCAGAUAAUUUUUUUUUAUUAUUCAUUAGUAACAUACAAAAAAAUAUGCUUUUACUUUGGUUAAUUAACUUUUGUAUCAAGUUAAAGAAAAAAAUGCUCAUAAUAUUUUGUUUUUAAUGACCCCCUUAUCAAUUGUAUUACAAUAUAGUACAAUAAUAUUUAGGGCAAAUGCUUUUGACGUAACUCAUCUAGUCGAGUUGAUAAUUAUAUAAAAUUGUUAUAUUUUUUUUCAUUGUUUUGUGUACGUACUUAAAUCAAAGUGAAGUAUAUUUUUAUAGUGAUUUAUAAUCAAAUAUUUAACUAUUUUUAAAUAGUAUUAAAUUUAUAAUUGUAUUUAUAUUGUAUUGUACUGCCCAUUGCUUAUUAAUGUAUAGAGCAACGUUUUGUUGAAGAAAAAGCGUACUUCCAAAAUAUUUAUUUUAAUUGGCUAUUUUUUUGUUAAUCAUAAUUAUUUGUAAAGAUAGUAAUAUAUUAUUUUGAAUUGGACAAUA